CGGAGUGCGCCUGCGCCGAGCCUCGGUACGACGAAGGAGGAAAAGAAGAGCGGGAGGGCGCCGGAAACCUCCGCUCUCCCUCGGUCGGCGUCGAAAGCAGUGCGAUGCAUCACUGUAAACGCUACCGCUCCCCGGAGCAGGAUCCCUACGCGAACCACAGAUGGAAGAGGAGGCGGUCUCGCAGCAGAGAGCACCACGAAGGGAGGCCGCGCCACCCCAGUCGCCGGGACCUGUCACGGAGGUCACGUUCCAGAAGCCAGGACAGAAUGCCCCAGCCCCAUCAGAGACGAUACAGAGACGGAGCGGACGGUGAGGUCUACAGGUUCGAAGAACGGAGCGCGUCUUUCGGAGAGGACUAUUACUCUUCCCGCCGCUCACGCCACCGCCGGAGAUCCCGCGACAGAGAGCGUCACCGGACACGGAAGCGCCAGCACCGCUGCCGGAAACGCAGGACCAGGUCUUGUAGCAGUACCUCCUCGAGAAGCCAACAGAGCAGUAAGCGCAGCAGGAGCGUGGAAGAUGACAAGGAAGGUCACCUGGUGUGCAGGAUCGGCGAUUGGCUCCAAGAGCGAUAUGAAAUUGUCGGGAGCCUGGGCGAGGGGACGUUUGGGAAAGUCGUGGAGUGCGUGGACCACGCCAGAGGCAAGUCUCUGGUAGCUUUGAAAAUCAUCCGAAACGUGGGCAAGUAUCGUGAGGCAGCUAGGCUAGAAAUCAAUGUCCUAAAGAAAAUUAAGGAGAAAGAGAAGGAGAACAAGCACCUGUGCGUCCUGAUGUCGGACUGGUUUAACUUCCACGGCCACAUGUGCAUCGCGUUUGAGCUCUUGGGCAAGAACACGUUUGAGUUCCUGAAGGAGAACAACUUCCAGCCCUACCCUCUCCUGCAGAUCCGACACAUGGCCUACCAGCUCUGCCACGCCCUGAAGU